AUGGAACCUGCAGUCCGGCUAAGUUUCCGUGACAAGCACUUUCGAGUCCGGGUCUUGAAGCCCGCUAAUCGGCCCACGAUCUGUAGCAUCUUGCGUGCCUAUGCCUUGGGGUAUUUGUCAUCGAUCACACCAAAACUCGUUACCUAUGUCCGACGAUUGAGAAGUCAGGACUGGUCUUUCAGACAAUGUGUUCAAGAGCUUGCUCGCGUUCUCGCAGGGCCUCUACGGGUCAACAGCUUCCCAACGUUCUGCGCAACUCUCGUUGGUGGAUCAACUUUGUUCCCAGUAGUACUAUAUCGAAUCUACGCAUCGAUCACAACCAGCCUAGCUCAAGGUGACAUCCGAAUUUCCCAACGGGUGAACCGACUUGUUCGAUUCGUCACUGCUUUUCUUUCAGCAUGGGUCAGUUUCGACCUUUUGAACAGGAACCGGACCAUCUCACGAGAAGAGUUCAAAGCCAGAAGGCUCUCGUCGGGCCAAGAUGACUCUGGCAAGCAGCCGGCCAAUGCCCUUGAGCGUCCACACCCUCAAUUGGUCGGGCGGACGAUGGAUCUCACAAUAUUCACCGUCACGAGAGCUGUGGACGUGAUAGCCUGCAUGGCGUGGAGCCGUUGGGCUCGCCAUCGCAAGGCCCAGAACCGCUGGACCAUCGUAGAAUCCUACGCUCCUGGUCUCGCUGACGCCGGAGUCUUUGCAAUGAGUGCAGCGGUGGUCAUGUGGGCAUGGUUCUAUCUCCCCGAGAGAUUACCCCGAACAUACGAGAAAUGGAUCGGGGAAGUUGCCAAAGUGGACACACGGCUGAUCGAGGCCCUCCGUCGCGCGCGUCGCGGGACCUUUGUAUACGGGAAGGACACUGGCCAAGCGCCCCUCAUGGAAUCCAUGUGCAGAGACUAUGGCUGGCCUGAGGAAUGGGGCGAUCCCUCGAAAACAAUCCCAAUUCCCUGCGAAAUGGUGCACAUGGGCUGCGGCCCUAAUUGUGAGGUACACGCGCUUUCCCGCUUUGCCAGGACCUUCAAGAUUGCCUGUGCGACGUACAUUCCACUCCAGAUCGUUCUACGCCUGCGAAAAAUGAGGGAUCCGGCCGUAUUACGCCGGGCACUCUCCGAGGGGGCCCAGUCAUCUGCCUUCCUUGCGACCUUUGUCAGUCUCUUCUACUACUCUGUCUGUUUGGCCCGGACACGGAUCGGACCGAAGGUCUUCGAUCAAAAGACAGUCACGCCGUUGAUGUGGGACUCUGGUCUCUGUGUGGGAGCAGGAUGUCUCAUGUGUGGAUGGAGUGUGUUGGUUGAGCAAGCACGGAAGAGACAGGAGUUGGCGCUAUUUGUGGCACCCCGGGCUGCAGCCACCGUGUUGCCUCGAUUGUAUGAAAAAAAGUAUCAACACCGCGAGCGCAUUGCAUUUGCGAUCAGCGCCGCGAUCCUCCUCACAACUCUUCGGGAAAGGCCGAGUUCAGUACGAGGUGUUUUCGGCCGCAUUGCGACAAGUAACAAUGAUUUCCAGAAUGGUCCCCUCAUGGGGGCGCUGUACACUAUCUGGGAGCAUUCCUCAACGCUCAAUUUAUCUACGGAAGGGUAUUCUCGAGGCAGAGAAGAGAAACAGCAUGCCUCCGCGGCACCCUUCAACACACCGCAGUCGCAACAGCGCAAUACCUCUACGAUGUACUAUACAAUCAGCAUGAUCCUCGGAACCGUCGCACUUGCCUAUGGCUCCGUUCCUCUGUACAAAAUGAUCUGCCAGCAGACCGGCUGGGGCGGCCAGCCAAUCCUUACCCAUCGAGUCGGCGACGGCGACACAGCCUCACGAGUGACCCCAGUGACCGACUCCCGACGUCUUCGCAUUACCUUCAACGGAUCCGUGUCUGAUGUUCUUCCCUGGAAGUUCACGCCGCAACAACGGGAGGUGCGAGUGCUGCCUGGCGAGACGGCCUUGGCUUUCUACACGGCAACCAACAAGGGCCCCCAGGAUAUCAUUGGAGUCGCAACGUAUAGUGUCACCCCGGGCCAGGUGGCGCCAUACUUUAGCAAGAUCCAGUGUUUCUGUUUCGAGGAGCAGAAGCUGAAUGCGGGCGAGUCGGUGGAUAUGCCUGUCUUCUUCUACAUUGAUCCCGAUUUCGCGACGGACCCGAAUAUGAAGGGCAUCGAUACGAUCACAUUAUCUUAUACAUUUUUCAAAGCGAAAUAUGAUGACAAUGGUGUUCUGAAGCCUAUUCAGUCCUGA